AUGCCCGUCCCAAGCUUCCUCACAUCGUUCGCUGACAAGGCCCAGUCUGCCAUCAACGCAUCGCCGCUCGCCGCACACCUGCCCUCCAGCCACCAUGCCCGCCCGUCCAGCCCAGAUCCUGCAAGCCAGCCCCCUGCAAACGAAGCCGCAGCACAGGGUGGAGCCAAAUCGCACACUCUGGAAGCACUCCAGUACCAGUUCCGCACCUUCCAGCAGCAGUACUCGUCUACCACCCCCGUUCAGAAAAUAAUCACCACUGAGAAGGGUAUCGCAAUCGACUUUGACAGCGUCGCCCGCGAUUCAAAAUCUCAGAGCAAGGAGCUCUAUACAUGGGGCCAGUCCGAAGCAGAAGAUCUCAAAGAUGUUACCGACAGACUUGCCUAUCUCAAUUUCGUUCAAGGCUCGCUUGCGACUUCUCUAUCGGACAAACUAGACAGCGCCCGUGCACCUCUCAAGGCGCUCCGCGAUGCUGAGACCGCUCUCCAGCCCCGCAGGAAUAUUCGCGCAGGACUUCAAGGACAGAUCGGGCGUCUUGAGCACGAGCAAGCAAAGACCAAUGACAAGAGGAUCUUCGAGCUGCGUGAACAGCUUCGCAAAGCUGAGGCUGAGGAUCUUCCACAAGAACGCGAGAUUGAAGUCCUAAAGAGGAAAGCCAUCCGUGAAAGCGAGCAAAUCAAAUGGGAUGCGAUCCGAGAGUAUGGUGAAAAACUCGUUCUUUUGUCGCAAGCGGCGCCUGCAAUUAUCGCUGCUCUGCCUGCUAUUCCUCCUUUGCCUUCAAGCCCCUAUCUUGGCGGCCAUACCACAGGAGCAGUUCGUGCUUCUUUGCAGCGAGCCCUGGAUAAUUACAAGACUGGCCACAUCAAUCUUCCUCCCCAAGUUGCAGCUUCUGAUCUUACUAGAUCUGACACCCAGAGCUUCGGCGAGAGUCACGCCAGUGAACUCUCUAGCAUCCAGUCUUCGACUACGCCAUCGUCAGCAAAACCGGUUGCAUUACCGACUCCUUUGUCGUCGACGAAGCCUCUUCCCGCCAGCCCUGUCCCUGGUGUACACACCAAUCAAUCUAAUUCUCCUCCCAUCAAUCCUCAGGCUUUGAAUCAGUCGCCUGCCCCAAUUCCGGUUCCUGCACCAGUUUCUCCAGUCGUCUCUGAUCCUGCGAAGCCCACCAAUACAGUUCCUAUCAUUACCCCCACAGUCGCGGAGACUGGCGUCCCACUUUCUGCUGGUCCUACAGGCCCUGGUCCCGCGAGUGGUUCUUUGCAUGACAUCAAGGGCGCCUCCCUUGACGCUGGACCUCGCACGGGAGGUCUCCCCGCAGGCGAAAGUGCUUCUCUGCUGUACGGACAAACAUCUGCCUUCGCCGCUCCUGCUCCUGUUCCCCACCACCCAACAGCGGAAGAAGAGAAGAGGCGUCUUGCGGCUCUGUACUCCCAACAAGCGCCUGGAGCGGUCGCUGGCCCUCCGCCCUCGGAACCCGUUCCUGCUCCUGCAGCUCCAGCGUCUACUGAAGCACCGCGCCAUGAGACUGCUGAAGAGGAGAAGAAGAGGCUCGAGCGUGAGGAAAGGGAGAGGGUCCUGCAUGCCGGAAACGCGCCGCCCAAGGACAAGGACAGCAAGGAUGAAGACCUCCCUCCAUACCAGGAACCGGGGUUGUAA